CGGGCUGGAGUGCAGAGCUAGCCGGACUGGAUUUUUCAGCCCGGAACCCACGGGUAUUACAGGUGGUGCCCAAGGUGCUUGGGCUCCCGUUCGGUCCGAGGCGACGCGAAGGAGCUGGUAAUUCCCACGCGUGGAUUAUAUUUUGGACUUUUUGGACUUUGACCUUCCUCCGCCGUUUUCGUGGCGUUUUUGUCGGCAAGAAGGCUGGAGGGUGAGAUGGGGACCCCGCGGCAAGCCACGAGGGGCCGAUUCCGGACGAAGGCUUCUUUAUCCGCGUCCCAGGCGCCCGAGUGCCCAGGAGGAAACAUGCUGGACGAAGAUGAUGUGAAAGUGGCAGCUGAUGCCCUGAAAGAGCUCGAAGCUCUGAUGCCCAGCGCAGACAAGCUGGGCAAGCAGAGGGGCAGCGACCAUCGGGAGAAGAAAAGGAUGAGGAGCCGAAGCCGCAGCAGGGACAGGAAGCGCAGGCACGGAUCUCGCUCCAGGUCUCGUUCCAGGACGUGGGACAGGCACAGGGGAAGAGGCAGAUACCGGUCCAGGAGCAGGAGUGGGAAUUGUCCUGAAGUUGGUGAUGAAGAAGAUGAGGAUCUUGAGAUUGAGCUGGUUGAAGAAGAGCCACCAUUUCUUCGAGGUCACACUAAACAGAGCAUGGAUAUGAGUCCCAUCAAAAUAGUCAAGAAUCCAGACGGUUCCCUGUCCCAGGCUGCCAUGAUGCAAAGUGCUUUGGCUAAAGAGAGGCGAGAACUGAAACAAGCGCAGAGAGAAGCAGAGAUGGAUUCCAUCCCCAUGGGGCUCAACACACACUGGGUGGAUCCUCUCCCUGAUGUGGAUGGAAGACAAAUAGCUGCAAACAUGCGAGGUAUUGGGAUGAUGCCAAAUGAUAUCCCAGAGUGGAAGAAGCACGCGUUUGGUGGCAACAAAGCUUCGUAUGGCUGUGCAUGACAACCAGAUUCUGAUUGUUAUUGGAGAGACGGGAUCUGGGAAAACAACCCAGAUUACCCAGUACCUGGCUGAGGCAGGAUAUACGUCCAGAGGAAAGAUUGGAUGUACUCAGCCUCGCAGAGUGGCU